AUGCAUUAUUUGAAACCCAGCCUCUCAUUUAUCCUAGCAGUUGCUACUCUUGCCUCAGCAGAGACAACAACGGGAACAUUAGCAGACAACACGCUGAAUACUGCUUGUACCUCAGAAAACUGCUAUACCAACUGUCCAGAAAACCCAUAUCACAAAGACGGAGAGUCCAUCCGCCAACAAAACUGUGCUAAUGCCGAAGCACAAACACCGAUAUCAACACCUGAAUCUACUAUAAGCUCUAGCAGAGCCGCCGCUACGGGCAGCGAUGAUAUUGAUGACGGGAUUGAUGUCUCCGACCCCGAGGUUGAGAAUGAUUUCACGGAGGGACAUCCGAUAUUGUCGUAUAGUGGGUUGGAGGCUAAUUCGAUCCCCCGUCCGGAAGAGGGAACUGCUUCUGGUUUGAGGGUGGGGGGUUGGUUGGGUUUCCUGGGACUUGCAUUGGGGGUUCUUUUGUAG